GGACUGACGCUCAGGACGGUCGUGGGUCGCAGGCGGGCAGGCGCACGGCGGAGCCACAGGCGGGGCACGGCAGCACCAAAAAACCGCAGUGCGCGGUCAAAGCCGCUUUGCUUUCCGUCUUCCGUUCCGACUUUUGAGAGCCAUUUGCUGCCAAGGUGGAGCCGGGGCCAUGCACGCGUCUCUUUCCGUUGAAUGCCGGAAGAAUUAUGCAUACUCAACCCUGACUCCCUUACCCAUCAUACCAUGUGAGGCAAGCCCAUCCUGGUCUAUGACGAUGCCUCCUUCGUCUUCGACCGGCGAACCUCCCUUUGCUUGUCCGAAGGGGUACGCCUGGGAUCCUGAGCGGCGACGCUUCUACCGCCUGGAUGCAAAGCUCGCCAAAGUGGACAGUACCGAGCCCGCACAGGCCUCCUCCUUCUCCUCAACUCGUGCUCUCGCGCCCGUCCCACAGCCAGAUGUCCCACCAUCGUCUUACUACUUCACGCCAUCACAACCACCAGGAGCGUUCACUUCCGCUAGCUCGCCCUACUUGAUUCCUAGAGACCGCCCCGCUUCCUAUGCUGCAUCGAGAAGAUGGCGAGAGGCUCAAAUCGGGAGGCACAUGCGAUCCCUUCGCUGCUACUCGCGAGACAACAUUUCCAAGAUGAGGCGCGAUGGAGAUGCUCUCCUCGCCGGCCCUCGCAAAAUGCUGAGCGUCUCGUCUUUCGAUCGAACAGGCUCUCUCCUGAUGGUACCCUUUGUAGAGGAAAAGUUGGACAGGACUGGACCACAAAUAAGCCAUUGCCAAACACUCUGCUUCGAGCAAGGCACUCGCAGCAAAGGGGUCGAAAGGUGGCUCGUAGACUCAGCGCUCCCGACGAAUGACUACUUAUGUAUCGUCGCCGAUAGAGACAGGGAUUACAGCCUCGCGGCAAGGCCAGCUCCUCGACGCCCGGUCUCAAGCAAGCAUUUUACUGCGCACUGCAAGCUCGAAGGUGAAGAACUUGUCCGCACCCAGCGUGGUGGUACACGUAUCGUCAGACAACGCGCGGCUGUCGGUACUGGAUUCCACAAGCAUUCGAUGUAUCCCAGAGGUCUUGCGAUCUACCGUCACGAAGUUUGCGGGCUUGAAAGCGUAGUUGACAACGCCCCUGCGCAACAUAGAGUUGUCAAUUGGCAGUCUGCUGUCGUGACGCAACAUCCGCGACUCAGAGAGAUUUUCCCUGAUGACACAGAUGCGCUUAUCUCCUUUAUCCAUCACCUCCCGCUAGAGGGAGAAGAUACUCCGGAACUCGUUGCUGUGCAGCUCUUCUCUGCGAGUAGGGCAUACUCGGCCCUUAGCGCACCGAGGUUUUCUUGCUUCAAGAGGAUUAAGAGACCUGGCAUCAAUUUCAGAUUUCAUGUCAUGGCUCUGAAUGCCGACAGUGGGCUAUGCUGGGCUGGUCAGCGCGACGGCUCCAUCCAUGUCCUUGAUAGUAUGGAAUUUUGCUAUCAGCAAGUCAUACAGAAACAACAGUCGGGCUCGUUCAAGCCCGUCAACUUGCAUGAUAUCAAGGCAGCAGCGGUAACGAAUCUGCUUCCAGUCGGAAGAGCUGAGGUUGUGGCUUGCUUUUCCAGUGGAGUGAUUGCACUUCUCCGAGCAGAACCAUAUGAGGGCACUCACGUCGUUCGUACCUUUACGGGUCACGUCAACGAAUUCGGCGACAUGAACGUGUCAGCCUGCGUCGACACAGACAGUCGAUUGUUGGCAGUCAGAGGCAGUGUAUGUAUUAUGAAGAAGAUAGAAUGAGGGGUACAGAGCCUUGACAGCGGUCAGACAGCAGCUGACUCCUACGAAUCUUGCUCCUCAUGUCUCGCUGUGUCCCAUCAUUCAGGAUGGCCUCAUACGUGUGUGGCACUUAGAACAUUCCCUUCCCCUGAACAGCCCACUACACGAAAGACGUGGUGGUCAAUGUGAUUCUCUCCGCAUUCUGGAGCCUCA